AUGAGAGAUUGUAUAUCGGAUAGAACGGUUAAAGAACUUUUAGAAAGGCUUUGCUUAGCCGAAGGAUGGCUUUUGAAAUAUUUAUUAGGUGACGGUUUCGUCGUGAGAGCAGCUGCGGCAAACGUCAAAGUAUUUGCUAAAAAAAAUUCGUUACAACCCGAAAAAUAUUUCGGUGAUUUAUAUUUGAUACAAAAUAUAAAUAACGGACAUGUUUCAUUUAAAUUAUAUUGUCCGAAAACAAAUCAAUUUGUUUGGUCUUUGGAUAGAGUGUACGAUUGGAACGGUUACGUUGAUUUAAAAUGCAACACUCAUAUAUUUCACAUAGUUCAAAAAUCAAAUCAUAACCUUUUUUUUAUUAUUUUCACUCCUCCAAAACGCAUUUGUAAAAAAUUUCACAUAAAACUUAUGCUUUUGUAA